CUAGACCUCUUCUCUAAGGAGAUAUUCUCGCCUUCUUCUCUCAUCUCAAUCUUCAAAUCACGUUAACUUUACCCUUCUUUCUAUUCCUCUCUCCGGUGUCUUACUCUUUAUCUCAUCACAUCUCUUCUCUCUCCUCAAAUUCCGUGCUUGCCAAUUUGUACUAGAUAUAACUCUCUCAUUAUCAGAGCCUAGGCCUCUCAUGGUAUUACUUUCUCUCUCCCUUUCUUCUCAAAAAAUAUUCAUGGGUUUUGGAUCAAAAUGUUUCAGAAUUAGUUUAUGAUACGUUGAUUUUCUUGCUUUGCUUGCCUUGCCUUUUAGAUUAUGUCCCAGACUCCAAAUUUUAUAGAGUGGAAGCUAUUUUAAGGUGCAUCUAGCUCUCUUCUUGCUUUCUUCAUUGUGUUCUCCAAUUUCAGUGCUGCUUAUCUCUCUUUCCGUCAAUUCCAGAUUUCCAAUGCCUCUCUCUCUCUCUCUCUCUCUCUCUCUCUGGGUCAGAUUCCUCUUCUCUUCUUCCUCAUAUCUCGUCAUCCCUCUUUAUCAUCUCACUAUCUCUCUCUUCUACAUGACAAGAAAAUAUGACGUCUCUUUUAGCCUUCAUCUGCAUUGCCAUAUGCUUCACAUUACCAUCCACAUACCCUGUCCAUCUCCAACUGGAGAAAGCAGUCACACCCCUAGGCUUUCAUCAAGCCAAAGCUAGAGACAGAGUCAGAAUUGCUAUGAUGUUGAUACCGCGUGGCACCGAAGUCAACUUUGGGCUCUCUAGGGAACAAAAGUCACUUUCUGCAAUUAUGGAGCCUCAGAUCGAUGAGGAGCUAGAGAUCUUGCACCCCGGUCCGCGUCAGAGGUCAGUGUUGACGCGACAACCAUAUCAUCGAUCAGAGGCCAUUUGGAAUGGCGAGGACCCGGGCCCACUUGUGUGCCGUGGUCGCACUAAGGAGAUGACAAAUGUUUAGAUGCAAGAUAAUCGGGUGAUUGACAUUAUCAAAUUGCUAAGGCUGGAAGGAUUAUUUAGAGCCCCUUCCAAAGAGAUAGAUCAUUGCCUAAUAUCGGCCCUAGUUGAGCGAUGGCGGCCGGAGACUCAUACGUUCCAUGUUCCACAUGGUGAGAUGUCAAUCACCUUACAAGAUGUGGAGGUGAUUUUCGGACUUCCUAUAGACGGUGAGGUCUUGGUUGGGCCGACUACUGUGGAGGAUGGGGCGUGGAGUCAAGUGUGUGGGGAGUUGUUUGGUUUUACUCCGCCGAAUGACAAUAAAACUUUGGUGGGUCAAAGAAUUCUCAUCAGCCGACUUGUUGAGGCCAUUGCAGCGCCACUGCCUCAUGACGCAAUAGAGAUUCAGAUACACCAGUAUGCUCGGUGCUAUAUUUUAGCGCUAGUAGGGGAUAAACUUUUCAUGGACAAGUCAGGAGAUAGGGUGCAUCUGAUGUUCCUGGAGUUCAUGCACAACCUUCGUGAUCCACGGUAGUAUAGUUGGGAUAGUGGUUGCCUGGCCUGGUUGUACAGGGAUUUGUGUCGGGCAAGCGAGAAAGGCGCAUCGCAGUUUGGUGGGGUGUGCACCUUGGUCCAGUAUUGGGCAUGGGCAAGGUUGUCAUGCUUGUGCCCGAGGAUAGAGCCCCCACCUGGAUGUGAUUAUGGCCCAUGGCCAUAUGCUCCACUUGCAUUUAAGUGGGUGCGGGUGCCAAGCCCGAAGAGUAGGCCAUCCAGCACGGCCUUAGUCCACUAUCGCGAGCAAUUAGUGACAAUGCAGCCAGACCAGAUUGUGUGGCAGCCAUACGAGGCAGACUUCGGCCACCUUCCUGAGUUCUGCGUUGCAGGGAGGGAUACGUGGACAACAAGCAUGCCGCUUGUGUGUUUUUUCAUAGUAGAGAGACACCACCCGGACCGUGUCCUUCAACAAUUUGGGUUGGCGCAGCAGCGGCCUGACGAUGUUGUCUACGAUGAUAGACUGCAUAAAAUAGACUUACGUGGGAAGGUGGAAAGGAAUUGGAGGGAGGAGCAUGGACCGUAUAUCAUUUCAUGGGAAAUGAGACGACAACAAGUUUGUCAUGCACCUCCUCAGAUUGGUGAGAUGCCCCGCGAUCAUGCCUAUUACAUCUGGUACCGUCCGGUCACUCGAAAGUAUGUCGACUGCAACAGUGCUAAAUUAGAUAUAAUGAUUCAAAGUCAUUUAGCGCUAUUGGCGAUGCUUCCUGAAGGCAGCGAAGCUCACAACCAUGUCCGGCGUGUCCUAAAUAAUGUGGCUGGACUUGGUGGUGGUCCUGCAGCAAAUGGGCAGACAAACAAUGGGCAUGAGACUAAACCAACAGCUACUGCAACCCCAAGCACAAGUGCAACACCCGUAAGUACACGAACCCGUGCUCAGCGUGCUAUUGCAAACCCAAGCACAAGCGCAGCUAGGGGCCGUGGUCAGCCUGCUACAACAAGCCCAAGCACAAGUGCAACCAGGGGCCGUGGUAUGUCUGCUACAGCAAGCCCAAGCACAAGUGCAGCCAGGGGCCGUGGUCAGCGUGCAACAACCCCUCAGGUUGUAACUAGUCCUGAGAUGCCUGCACCCAUCCCGCACUCAUCUCCUCAGCCUGAGGUCUCUCCACACAUCCUAGAUGCAUCUCCUCAGCCCGAGGUCCCUUCACCCAGCCCACCUUCGUAGCCCGAUUUUGAUCUUAGUAUUGAUCAAAAUGUGACCCCUCCUAUACUCCCCGAGACACCCUCUUACCCACCCACCAGCUCUACUGCACCCACUCCUGGCCUCUACAUAGAGCAUCAUUACCCACCUACUGCAUCCUCAUCUGACCCUCUGGAACCUCCGGUUGGGAUUGACACUCUACAGCCACAUACUGAUGUAUCAGACAAGCAUCCCCCUCAUCAGCCCUCACCCCCACGAGGUAAACCGCAACGCACUAGAAGAGCACCCACUUGUGGGAUAGGUGGACACAAAAUAGGACACCGAGGCAACUCUAUGCAUGAUGAUGAGCCUAAGGAUGAUGCCCUGCAGCCUCCUCCCCCGUCCAAACAUUACACGAGGGUUAAAAAAUGCAAAAUUGGUGAACCUUGAGACUCGAUUUGUUGGUAGAGCAAGUUAUUGAUGGGCUUGAUAAAGUUGUGAUGACAAUGAAGAAGGGUACCACUUACUAGGAAGCAAUGCUUAUUGUUGAUCGCUGCUGGUUGUUUAACACACUUUUUCUUUGAUCACUUGUUUGAGUGGAUUUAGGUUUCAAUAAUGAUGGAGAGGGCUGAUUCUAGUAAAAAGCUAUAUUCGCGUCUGCAUCUAUGGGCCUUUACUCAGUUGAGGUUUUUUAGCAUAUCAGUUGUUUUAUUCUUCAUUCUAUGGCUUUCCUCAUCAGCUGGAUAUUCAUUAUCCAAAUUAAAGGGAUUAGUGGCUUCAUCCUCUACUUCAAAAGAGGAACAAAAGGUUGAUGCUAAUUCUACAUACUCUGUAGAAUGGGAUAACCAUGGAUGGUUUUAUAUUUUAGUGAGAGUUGCAUUCUUCCUUUGGGUUGCUCUACUUAAUCUAAUAACAAUUUCUUCAACUUGGGCAAGAGUAAUUGAUGUCAUGGACAGUGAGUCAGGUUCAAGAUUGUUUGGGUUCAUUGGUGCUGGUGCCACAGUUGGCCAACUUUUUGGGUCAUUGUUUGCCACCGGAAUGGCUUCGUUGGGGCCAUUUCUACUCCUAUUUGCUGCUUUGCUAAUGGAAUUUGCUGCACAGUCAUCAAAAGGGAUAAACAAGGAUGUAUCCCAUAAUUCCCAUCUUCCUGAGGAAUUAACUCCCAUCAGGGCCCUUGCAGAUCAGUUGGAAGGCACCAAAGAGGAGGAACAUAAAAAGUAUCGUGGCAUGGUGGUAGAAUAUAUUAUGGUUAAUAACAAUAUGACUGUGGAUGGGAUUGAUUUUUACGUAACUGACAGUUUUGGUGAAGGGUUCUAUGAUUCUUGCAAGGAUGUAAAGUUUGGUACCAUGAAUUCUCGGGCUAUACAAUUUAUUGGUAUUGGUGCUGGUGCUCAAAAUUUUAAAGUGGCUGUUGGUGAUGUUAUAUAUAUUGAAGCAAAUAGUGGAGCAGUAAAGAGGGUGGGCAGAAGUGAUGCUUUCGCUACAGAAUUUGACCUUCAAGCAGAAGAGUAUGUUCCACUUCCUAAAGGAGAGGUUCACAAAAAGGAGGAGAUAGUUCAGCCGACCCAAGGAUGAUAUAGCUAGAAUUUAAUGCCUCUUAAGUUGGUUGAACUUAUCAGCUUGUGACUCUUGCUGGCUUAAUACAAAGAUGCUAGCAAAACUUCAUUUAAAUCCUCGACAAGACUAGAAUGUAUGAUGCAAGACUAUACAAAAACUUUGCCUCCAUCAGCAAGAAUUGGAUUUACAGUGAUGGAUGCAUGGCUUGCUUAUGCACCUGUGAAGAACAACCCUGAGGAUGCUGCUAAGAGGGACUGAUAUGAACUGUCCUCAUGGCAUACCUGUCGACUUGUUGGACCGGUUGGUUAUUAUCCGAACACAGACUUAUGAUGUUGCUGACAUGAUAAAGAUUUUGGCUCUCCGUGCAAAUGUGGAGGACCUAGUAAUAGAUGACAAAAGUUUGGCUUACCUGGGUGACAUUGGUCUACAAGCAUCCUUAAGGCAUGCAGUUCAGCUGUUAUCACCCUCCAGUAUUAUGGCAAAAAUGAAUGGCCGUGACAAUAUCUGCAAGGCGGAUAUUGAGGAAGUGAAAGCUCUCUAUAUGGAUGCAAAGUCUUCAGCAAGACUUCUUCAAGCGCAGCAGGAAAAAUACAUUUCAUGAAAAUUCUAAACAAUUUUCCCUGAAUGUCAAAGGUAGUCUGCAUUUGGAAGUAGCAUUAUUUAGGUUCGGUUAGCUUCUCUGUCGUGGGUUUUGAAAGAGCAGGAGGUUUUGGUCAAAGACUUUGGCUUCGUUGAUAAUUAAUGUGUGUAAAGGCGAAAUGUUUCAGAAGUGUUCCAAGCUACGGGAAAUUUGUAUUUGUCACAUGAGUAGUGUCAUGGUUAUGCUGUCAGCAGCAAUGCAAGUGGUGAAACUCUAGUUGUUGCACCAUUCUGUUAAUGAAUGCAUCGGUGUAUGGAACUAGGCUUUCAAAUACACUUCAUAUUUACCCUGGAAAAUUACUAACCCAGUUAUGUGAUGAUCACUAAUUCUUUACUUUAUUUACCAAUUUUUAUGCGAAUCUGUGUGAGCUUUAUUUACA